CAGCGGUCGAGCAGCUCCCCCUUACAACUGAACGGGAGUGAAAGGAAGCGCAAAGCCCACAGCAGGAGUUUUACCUGAGCAGGAGGAUUGGUGGGGGGCUCUACGGGGGGAGAGAAAUGAUGGAGCUGGACGGGAGCCAUCAGUGAAGGUCCCGUGUGGCUGAUCUGAGGGAAGAGUGGCCGGCUGUUUGGUACGACUCGCUGUUCGGUCUGCGGGGUCAUGCUGCCUUUAUUCCCAAUGUCCAUCGUGGAUCUGCGCGUAAGAGCGCACGGACGGGAGCCAGCCGCGCGCUGAGCGGAGCGCACGGGACGAAGGAGGGGGUGGGGUGGGGGGGGUCUACCGAACACAUACACACACACAGUGGACGAAGCGCUCUGAAUGGAUGCGGAUUAUUUGAAGGCUCCCUCUCCCGGACGCCACUCUAAUAACGCAGCGUGGAUCCUUCAACGUGACUCGGAAUUGCGUGUGUGUCCGGACUGCAGGUCUGCAUGGGUCCGAGCUAAGCUCCUUCCAUAGGAACGGAGUCUAAAAUGAAGUUAUGGGAUGUUCUAGCCACGUGUUUGUUGCUCCUGAGCUCUGUGUCCGCUCGCCCUCUGUUCCACAAGCUGCAGCCGUCGAAGAGAGCUUCACUGCCACAGCAUCUCACUGAGCCCCUCGCUGUGGACCCCAUCAUAGACUCCCGUCCUGAAGCUGCCAGUCUGAAACAAGCGUCCAUGGAAGAACAAUAUGACAUCAACGGCCUCUAUCCGGAGCAGUUUGAUGAUGUAAUGGACUUCAUUGAAGCGACCAUUGGCAGAUUACGGAGGUCCCCUGCGGUGGAAGGUGGCUUGGAGGGCCGGAAGGACAAGGGGAGACAGAGAGGGGCAGCAAACACAGAAAGAGGAGGACGUGGACGUGGAGAAAGAAAGAAGGGUCGAGGACGGGGAGGAGGCCGAGGGAGCAAAGGGGGUCGAGAGGAACUGGUGAAAGGUCAAGGCCGUGGGUGCCUUCUCAAAGAAAUCCACCUCAAUGUAACAGACUUGGGGUUGGGGUACCGGACCAAAGAGGAGUUGAUAUUCAGGUACUGCAGUGGUCCUUGUCACGAUGCAGAGACCAACUAUGACAAGAUCCUGAACAACCUCACCCACAACAAGAAGCUGGACAAAGACUCGCCUUCGAGAACUUGCUGUCGGCCGAUCGCGUUCGACGAUGAUCUCUCUUUCUUGGACGAUGACCUGGAGUACCACACUCUCAAGAAGCAUUCCGCCAAGAAGUGUGCCUGUGUCUGACUUGAGGAUGCGCAAGUGAGAGGGGGAAAAAAAGACACUUGGAUGAAACGCAGGAGUCUCGCACUUCAGAGGGCUUGAGGCCAGUGCAAAGACUAAUGCUGCUUCUCGGAGGGAAAGUGCAGGGCUUGAGUGUGUCAUAGCUUAUUCUCCAGACACCCAAAAAGCACAGCCCGAGAAAAGCUAGCAGCGCAGAGGCACACGACAGAUCUGGUGGAAGUCUUUCAACCCAAAAGAGUGAGAUUCAAGAGCGAAAGCUUCAGGAAAAAGUACUCUAGCUGAGGAGCAGCGACUAAGUAUUCACUUUGUUACCAAACAAAACCAGAGCAUUUCCUUAUAAGUGUGGCUUCAAAUGUAAAUGAUAUCUAAAUGGCAACAAUAACAUACUUCAUCAGCAAGUCACAGACAAAUCACAACCCGACAGCUGUAUCGUUGAAGUAUACACAAACACUAAUUUAGGCAGUGUGUGUGGUAGCGUUUUGGAUGGGUGCUUUGCUGUAAGUGAGUUGGAGAGCCUGUGGACAGCACAAAUUUUAUGGAUCUCUCCAUGAACUGCAGACAGUGGUGGUCAUGCCAUGCCGACCACAGCGGACCUCAAACGUUUACAUUCAGAAAGUCCGAGCGCCCUUCUCAAGACGCGGACUGACCCCACGGCAGCCGUGACAGACUCAUCACAAAAAUGUUUAAUAUUCAGAAAGUUAUCUAUAUAUAUAGUAUAUAUGAAAAGCGUAUUUAUUGAAAUUUAAUUAACUUAUUGUUAUUUAUUACGAUCCAUUGUAUUAGAGUGUUUUUUUUCUUAUUUAUUUGUGGAGCUUUUUUUCCUCCGUCUUGGAUGGUGCCAAAGUGGAGCAUGUGUUUCUAAGGAAAAGCAGAUGACGUGAUAAUCUAGCCUCAAGGUUUUAGCUGUAAAAUAAUCACUCACUGAUUAUAGGACAUUAGAACCCAGUCUCACCUCUUUUGUUGGCUAAAACGAAUGGUACAGUCAGACCUCAUUUCAAAAAUAAUAACCAGAUAACUUAAGGACAAGUGGACCAACUGUUCUUUGAAAGGGAAAAAAAAAAAACUCAGUUAUAUUUAACAGCUUGCUAUACUCUUCACCAUUACUGUAAUUUUACAUUGCUAAGGAAAAGAGAAUCUAAAUUUGGAGAUAUGGGGGGGGGAGGGGGUGCACAGCCUGUGGUAGACCAGUCAAUGUUUACUCGAAUGGAACAGUUUUAGCAAAACGUUAACAUUGGCUCUCCAACUGCUCUACACCAAUUAUCUGUUUGCAAGAGAAAAUACAGCUCCUGCCCAGUGUGUUUAUUCUUAGACAUAAUAAAUUCACUACUGGGGAGGUUUCUAGCAUAGCUACACGGUGCCCCAUGGAGACCCAAAAAUCACAAACAGACAACAUCCUUCUGAAUCAAGCGGGGAUUUGAAAAGUGCUCCAGCUACCUAACGUCUAGGAGUUCCUCCUGAGGUCACUAAGGCCACCUCAGCAGCUUGUCGGCCAAGUCUUAGCCCCCUUGAUCUGGGUUUAGAAAACGAUCCCCAAACAUUUAACUUAAGCUGCUCUGAUUGUCAUGGCUCCCUGGUGUUUAAUACCAUUUAAGCAAGAUCUGCUUCUGUCUUCCUCAGCCAAAUUGAAAUAAACCUCCUUAACUGAAGAUAAAACAAUUGGGAAGGCUGCCCCGCAUCCAAGCACAUGCCUGGAAUAAAACGAGGACAGGCUUGGUCUGAAAUCCAGAUAGUAAACACAAACACGCACUCUGAAACAGGACUUUCAUACAGAGUAGCACGCACUCUCAGAAACAGCUGGUGAUGCCUACGUCACAAGCGUUGAGAGAGCAGAUUUUGGUCUCUGCCACGCAGAAAGACCCUGGGGGAGCGCCUUGACAAUUCCGUGGAUUACGGAGCAAAAUCAGGGCUCACACAACGAGCAUGGAGCUAGCUUUACUCUAUAAUCCCUUAUAUACAGUACACAGCACAAAAUCCACACAAUUCAGAUGGGGUAUUUAGGCCAAACUACAACCUCACCCCCCCAAAAAAUCACAAGUUAGCUCCAUUUAACUUGGCAUUGUUCAUCAGCUGUAUCUCCACAAUCUUAAAUAGCAAACAUUAAUGAGCCUUUUCAGAAGAGAGAAAAUACAAGAGUGCGCUCAAUAGCUCAACUGCUUGGCUCCAUACCUAACACGCAUACACAGUUGUGCAUGCUGUGUUCUGUACUCCUCUGUCCUGGUGUAUGAUGGUUUGCUCAAGUGUUAAAGUGUUCUGUUGUGACUGAAGUUUGUGGAUGCUUCUGAGGUGCUCUUAAGGUUGUGGAACCUUAAGGGAAUCUUAGCACGCAAAGUAAUGUUAAAAAAAGA